AUGGCACCUUUUAUCUUUGAUGAUGCAGGAAUGGCCACUCCCUUGGCAUUUAUGUUUCACCAUCAAUUAUUAAAAUGGAGUGUCAAGUCGACAAAAAUAAGCAGUUUCAAAACCCACCUUCUUUUUGUGUUUAAUCGAGGCGCCAAUGGUGCAGAAGCUGCCCGAGAGAUUUGUGAAGUGUAUGGAGAAGGUGCAGUGCCUGAACGAACUGCAAAAAACUGGUUUGCCAAAUUCAAAAAUGGAAAUUUCGACCUCGAAAACGCUGCUUGUUCUGGACGACCAAAUGAGUUUGAUGAAGAGCGUUUUAAUCGAUUUCUGCACGAAGACUUGCGUCAAACCACUCUAGAAUUAGCCGAGCGAAUGGGUUGUAGCCAAAUGACUAUAAUUCGAUACCUUGGGUCUAUGGGAAAAGUCCAAAAACUCUGA